UCUUAUUUACUCUCCCAGUUAAGUUCUCAGAUUCUCUUGUCCACAUAUAUGUAAGGAGAAGAGAAGCUCUCUUUUCUCUUCAAUUUGGACCUGUUUGCUUCUUUUGGUUCCAAGGAGAAGCCUGGCUUUGGGGAAGAUGGGGAGUUAUCCAGAGGAGGAGGUGGAUGAUGAUGAGUUUGCGAAGCUCAUUAGGAGGAUGAACCCCCCAAGGGUUGUGAUAGAUAAUGACUCUCAUCACGAUGCCACAGUUAUUAGAGUGGAUAGUGUUAACAAGCAUGGGAUUCUACUCGAAGUAGUUCAAGUCCUUACUGACCUGGACCUUGUCAUCAGCAAGGCCUACAUCUCUUCUGAUGGGAGUUGGUUCAUGGAUGUGUUUAAUGUGACCGACCGAGAUGGAAAUAAAGUGUGGAACAAAGAGAUUAUCUCCUAUAUAACAAAGUCCUUGGAAUCAGAUGCUUGCUUCUUUCCCAAACUACGGAGUUCAGUAGGUCUAACACCUUCAAAAGAGCAAACAUUGAUCGAAGUAACAGGUUCCGACCGGCCUGGCUUACUGUCUGAAAUAUGUGCUGUGCUUGCAACCCAGUUGUGUCAUGUGGACAAAGCAGAGCUAUGGACACACAACACCAGAGUUGCAGCUGUGCUUCAUGUUACAGACGAGUCCACCGGGGGUGCAAUAGAGGACCCCAAAAGGCUCUCCGCAAUCAAGAAGCUCCUAUGCAAUGUACUUAAAGGUGAUAAUGAUUCGAGGACAGGUAAGAUGACCGUAUCGAUGGGGCUUACCCACGUUGAUAGGAGGUUGCAUCAAUUGAUGUUUGAUGAUAGGGACUACGAGAGGGUUGGCAUGAAAGCAGAGGUAAAUGAUAAAUCUGCGCCCCAAGUGACUGUGACGGAUUGUUUGGAGAAGGAUUAUACUGUGGUCAUUUUGAGGUCUAAGGACCGGCCUAAGCUUCUUUUUGAUACUAUCUGUACACUCACAGACAUGCAGUAUGUUGUGUUUCAUGGAACCGUCAGCUCAGGGAAGGAAGGAGCUUAUCAAGAAUACUAUAUAAGGCAUGUCGAUGGCCUUCCCGUAAGCUCAGAAGGCGAGCGACAGCGUCUGAUCCAGUGCCUUGAGGCAGCUAUAGAGAGAAGAGCCUCAGAAGGUCUGGAAUUGGAACUGAGGACAGAGGAUAGAUUAGGUUUUCUCUCAGAAAUCACUAGAAUAUUCCGAGAAAAUGGCUUAACCAUCAGGAGAGCAGAGAUUUCAACCGAGGAAGGCAAAGUAGUAGACACCUUCUAUCUUUCUGAGAUGUCAGGCAACCCUAUAGAUGCCAAGACAAUCGAUUCGAUACGCAGACAGAUCGGGCAGACAGUCCUAAGGGUGAAGCAGAACCCUCUACUCCCAUCGAAGCCGCCGGAGGUGGGCAGCACCGUCAGUCUCAUCUUCGGUAAUCUCUUCAGGGCCUCAUUUCAAAACCUUCGAUCGAGCUGAUCCUCUACUCAUGAACUCUGAUUCCUACUCAUGGAAGAAGAUAAGCAUCCAAAGGUGAUAAUACCAAAAGGUUAGCCUGAUACAUUGAGAAUAAUGAUGCAGCAGCCCCACUAGUUUCAGUUCCCCUCUUGUGCACAAGAUGGAUCAGGAUUAGAAUUAUAUUGAAACUGAUAAAAAGAUGCCGUGGUAGUCCUAAAUUGUAGAAUCGCUCAGCUGUAAAUACACAUUAUUUGAGCUGUAGACAGAUGCACAUAAAUUACAUGCUUUUACUUCCUGAUGA